AUGGCGGCGGCGACCUCCAGCGGCGCGGGCGCGCCAGCGUUGCCGCGGGUCGGCAGCAGGGUCGACGGGAGGGUGCGCGACGUCACCAGCAGUGGCGACGUCCUGCUGGACCUCGGCGGCGGCGCCGCGGCGCUCCUGCCCGGGGGCGCUGCGCUCGGCCUCGUGGCCGGCGACGACGUCUCGGGGCUGAAGGUCACGGGCCGCACGGAGGCCGGGGCGGCGCAGAUGGCCUCGCGCAGGGCGCGCCACGGAGCCCGCGCGGGCGAGGCGGAAGCGGCGGCCGAGGGCGAGGCGGUGGGCCCACGUACGCCCGAGAGCAGCUGCUCCGCCACCGGCGACUGUGUGCCGGGG